CAUCAAGCAUCCACUCACCUCUCAAGCGAACCCCAUGAACAAGUGUGGUUUUUUUGAGUGUCGCUAUUUGGUAUUUAUCAUCAUGAACCAGAAGAAAAGUAUUGUCUGUCGGCCAUGAUGACAUUUCUUAGUUGUUUUUUUUUUCCUGACACUUAAUGUCAAAAGGGCUUUCAUGGUAAUCAUAGCCGUGGAGCUAUUUUUUAUAUUAACCCGUGUGUGUUUGUGAUGCACAACUCAAACACACAAACACACAUCAGUGUUGUGGUCCGCCCGCGUGAUGCCCUUUCUUCGUCUCCUCCGCCCCGACUUUUUUGAAAUUUGCCUUCUAUUUAUCUAAAAUCCACAAAGCAUGAUGAUGUUUGAAUGUUUUGUAAGAAAAAAAAGGAAUAAAUAUGUUCAGCUUUGUGUAAUCAGUCCACUGUUGCACUGGUUCCCUGUCGUGUCGCUCUCUCUGCUGCCGGUGUCCAGAAGGUGGGAAUUGCUUUCUGCAGUGGCUUGCCUGAAGGCUGUCAGCUGUGUGAAUGAUUAUCUCAUGGAUCUCCACUGGUGAUCUGAAUGAGAUUCUCCAGAUUCACUGGACAUCUGUCACUUGUUGUGUCAGAACAUGAGCGGAGUCGUUUAGAUUUCCCUCAGGCGUAGUGACGCCUCAUUGAUUAUCUGUUGGGUCUUAUGUUUCGCAUUCAUUUUGAGUUAUUGACAGCCGGUAAGCUGCACAGCUUCAGAGGAGCACUUGUUCGAUCCUUUCAGAGGCACAAUGUUGAUGGAGUGCUGUGCAGCCCAGGGAUUCUGUAGGCCAAGCUGGUGGCUCUGCUAACCAGGGCAUUUUAGAGAGAGAUCUUACAACGACCAUUCUGCUCUGAUGCUGAUGAUUGCAGAUAUUUGAAGUCGAGAAUGCGACAACCUGAUAGACAUCUUGUGGUGGCUGUCAGGGAAGUCCCUGUCAAGUUGGUUUUACAUAGGCUUUUAUCAGCGGCCACGUCUGUCUCUCAAAUCUCUGCAGUGCCAUCUGCUGGCCGCACCGAGCACUAGCACGUGAAGAACCAGACUAAUACGCUUUUAAAAACUGUCUUCUCAGACAACCUGACGUCCUCAACUGAUGUGACAGCCGACAAGGUCUGGCGAUGGGGGAGUGUAGGAGAAGUUCCUCAGACGUCAUGACAGUGUUGUGACGCUGUAGUGUGAACGCAAAACAGUCAAUUUCACGUGACUGUACCUACUCACUCCCCCAUGCCUCACGCAGUUUCUGUCUGGACGUCAAGUCACGUGAUAUACGCUAUCUUCAAAAAGGAAAAGGUGAAAUUUAUGGAAGGUAUAAAAGAAAAAUAGCUCAUAUACAGGCGUUGGACAAAGUAAUGGACACCUUAAAGCUAAAAACAAAAAGCGUUAAGGUGUUUCCAUUAUUUUGUCCAACCCCUGUUGACAAAAAAUAUAAAUGGUUUUGAAAAAAAAAAAAUACAAGUUAUGAGAAAACACUUGAGUCGUCAGAUUACACAAACACGUGAACACGCACAUGAUUUAUUUAUCGCCAUUUCAACUUUUAAAAAAUAAUUUUGCCGUCUUUUGAAUCGCCCGGUUCUGCUGUAGCAUGUGUUGUUCGCGGUCGUUAUAUGACAAUGUGAACCUAAUACACUCGUUGUAUUUCUUCAAAACUAUUUCGAGCUUUUACUUUGACAGUAGCUCGGGAGCGCGCCCCGAGCGCGACUGAGGCUCAGCGUCCUUUCGGUUUCCAUGGGAACGGGGGAGCGCAACAGAACCCGGACAGAGGAGACUCUGCGUCUUCUCUGCAGAGUUUGGAAGUAUCUCUUGUUAUAAAUCAAUUCCACUCGGACCUUCAGCUCGUGGGCCUGCCGACAUUUUAUCCUGAGCGCUCCUCGGUAACCCUGGAUGACUGGUGACCCCUGCGCAGCACAAAGAUGGAGAACUGUUUCCAGUCACUGCCGCCCCCUCCCCUCUCUCCGUUCCCCAUCUUCGACGCCACCUUUUCUUCGCCAGCACAUCUGACCCCUUCAAACAGCCAUAUCUCCUUCCCUCUCUCCCCUGUCUCCUUUCCAUCCUCCCCCUCCUCCUUCUCCCCGGCCACAGGAGAGUCUGCCCAGUCCUUGUCCCCUCUGUCUCUCUGCUCCACCUCUCAGUGUCAGGACGAGCUGAGUCCAACAGAUGCCUCAGACCAGGACGACCUCACCUGCCUCAGCUGGCUCCACCAGAGAGGAAACCUGCUUCCAAUCCAGCCUCUUCCCAGAGUGAACCCACUGCCUCAGCCCAGACUGUCCCCGGCCGCUCUUUCCCCGGGCUCCAACAAGCCCCCGUACUCCUUCAGCAGUCUGAUAUUCAUGGCCAUAGAGGACUCGCCGCACAAGAGACUGCCAGUCAAGGACAUCUACGAGUGGAUCCUCAACAACUUCCCUUACUACAAAACAGCCUCCGGGGGCUGGAGGAAUUCCGUCCGACACAAUCUGUCCCUCAGCAAGAGCUUCCGACGCAUUCAGAGGGACAAGACUCAGUCGGUGGGGAAGGGCUCUCUGUGGUGUGUGUGCCCCGAGCACCGCCCCGCGCUGCUGGAGAUGCUCCGGAAGACCCACAGUUAUCACAGCACCAACAGCAACCUGAUCAACAAGCCUGAGCUGUUGGAGGAGGAGAGCUUCGUGCUGCCUGUGGUGUGUGACUCCAUGGAUAUCUCAGAUCCUCUGUCUCAGUCACUGAUGCUCUCAGUGCCUGAAUCCCAGAUCCUGACCUCUGAUAACCCCACCUUCGGCGAUCAUCCUCCUUGUCUCCUGACCCCCGAUCACGAAGAGCUGGUCACCAUGGAGUCAGUGGAGUACCAGCAGGAGGAGCUCAGCCAGCAGAUGGAGAAAGACCCUCUCUCAGACAGUGGCUACAUCGAGUUACACUACUACCAGUCGCCCGAGUUCCAGUACCUGGUUCUUCCUGGUGAGACCGAGCUGGACCUGGAGACGGUGGAGAUUCUUCAGCUGGAUGCUGAAGCCCAAGAGGCUGCUGGAUCUUUGUUGGACCUGGCUGGAGGGGUGUACUGACAGCAUGGCCCCGUUAAAUGGAGCAAAUGCCUUACACUAAUGCAGGGAACUGUCGCCAGUGCCCUGGGUUUGUUGUGUACUUUAAUGACUACUAACUUGUAGAUUGGUCCUCCACAUCAAAUGUAUUCAAGCACUUUCACUUUGGAUCACACAGUUCGAGGCUGGUGUGUGUCAGCUUCAGGAGGGUGUCGUGUUCAUCCGGCGCGGUAUUUCAUAUAGAGGAUCUCAGGGGCUAUAUUUGAUGAACAAUAUCCACAAAACUGUCCACCAUCAAUAACCUCCACUUUGUGACCGCGGGGUGGCGCUGGUGCUGCGUUUAGCAACAAGAGUGAAACUCCAGCUCUUGAUUCAAUUCAAGACUCAAAACUGUAAGUAGAGAAGCAGUCAAGGCUUUGUACUACCACAAUAUUUAUAAUGGAGGAACGACUGCAAGUUUUGAGCUUCAAGUUUUCGUUCAUUAGUUUCAUUUGUUUUGUCCACAAACAGACCCAAAAUGUUGCGGUCAGAUUAUUCUGAUUCUUGCCCGUAUGAAACAUAUAUAUUAGGGGCACACAGGAGAUAUUUACAUUUGAUAACUAAAAGUAAAUCCAUCCAGGAAUAAUUCAAAAGUUAUUGAUACAUGCACAAAUAUAACAAGCUCACUGCCAAUAAAAUGUUCAUUUCAAGCUUGACGUGGAACCUGAAUUUCUGCCAGUGUAAAGUUUGUGCUU